CUAUUUUCUCUUCUUCUCUGCCUGCAUUUAGACCUCUUCAUGUUUCGAGUAUGGGAAAACCUCAAGAACUGCAACUCCACGUCACUGUUGAAGAAGUUAAGGAAGAAAACUCAGCUGAGUAUCAGAACAGCAAGAAACUUGUAAGCCAUGAACCCAGGAGCUAUAAACGGUGGAUCAUCAUCAGCAUGUACGCAUUCUUCGUAAUCUGCGGUCAAUCAGCAUCCACACUCUUGGGGCGCCUGUACUACGACAAAGGAGGUAAGAGCAUUUGGCUUGCCAUGGUCUCUCAACUCGCCGGCUUCCCCAUCCUUGUGCCAUGUUAUUGCCUUACUGCACCACCGAAAACCAAAGAUGGGCAAAUACAGCAGCCGCUGUCGCCGUCGGCGGCGAUACUGGUGUUGGUUUAUUUCUCUUUCGGUAUUUGUCUGGCGGCAUACACCUUGAUGUAUGCCAUUGGACUCUUACACCUUCAAGUAUCUACUUUUUCACUCGUUUGUGCAUCACAAUUGGCCUUCAAUGCUCUCUUCUCCUUCUUCCUACAUUCACAAAAGUUCACUCCUUUUAUACUCAAUUCACUAGUUCUACUAACCAUAUCCUCCACCCUCCUGAUAUCUCAAACCAAUCCGCCCACCCGCCACGGUGGGGUCUUGAAAGGAAAAUACAUGGUCGGAUUCCUAUGCACCAUCGGUGCGUCCGCCGUGUAUGGAUUGAUGCUUUCUCUAACACAGCUAUCCUUCAAGAAGAUCCUAAAAGGAGCACAUGUGUUGGAAAUUGUUAUGUAUCAGUCACUGGUUGCCACUUUCGUUUCCGUUGUGGGACUUUUCACCAGCGGAGAAUGGAGAGGUUUGUUGAUGGAGAUGGCGGAGUUUGAACUCGGUAAGUUUUCGUACGUGAUGACCCUGAUCGAGACGGCUAUAGCUUCGCAGUUUUUUAUUGUGGGCACAACAGGAUUGAUUUUGGAAGUGUCUUCGCUCUUCUCCAAUGCCAUAAGUGUGUUGGGUUUGCCAGUUAUUCCAAUUCUAGCUGUGUUGUUUUUCCAAGACAAAAUGGAUGCAGUGAAGGUGAUUGCCAUGGUAUUGGCAAUAUGGGGCUUUGUUUCAUAUGUCUACCAGUGUUAUCUUGAUAAUAAUGAUUCUAAGAGUCAAUAUCUAUGUGGAAGUGAAGUUUCCAAGAGUCCUUUACUUGAAGAGACAAGUUAA